ACCGACCGCGAAUACUAGAACCGCGCGAUUCGACAAAACGUUUUAAAUAUUUCGUGUCUCCAAUCUGUAUACAAAUAAAAAUAAUCUGACUGUUUGUUCUGAUAUAAAGUGUUUGUUAACAAAUACGAUUGAGAAACACACGAUAUGAGAAAACCGUUAAAUAGAAUUAUAAGAAGAUUUGUUGUGGUCGGAGGGAAUAGAAACGGCACGUGUCGCUCAAGUGAUGAAUGAGUGGUUUAUCUGUCACAAUGCUUGCGGAGAAUGACACUCAUAGUUACGCGGGUUCAAACAGUUCUUUUAACUUUUUCUUCGAAGAUCCACGGUUUAUAUCAAUACUGAAACAUCGGGGGCAGAACCACACGAACAAUAUCGGCGAUGUUAUUAAAGUUCUGGAAGACUGGCGGAGUAGAUACAACAUUUCUGUCGUAAAGGAAUGUGAGAAGUCGGAAUAUUGCUCCGGGGAAUUUCGUGAUCUGAUCCUCGCUUACAAUAGCAUACAUGGAUACGUUAGUUUAUUGGUUUGUCUCUUCGGUAGUUUAGCGAACGCAUUGAACGUAGCGGUGUUGACGCGACGAGAUCUAGCAGUGACCCCCAUUAACCGGCUGCUGAAGUGGUUGGCGGUGGCUGAUGUCUUCGUCAUGCUGGAGUACGUGCCCUUCGCGAUCUACAGGUACCUGUUAUUCCCCGAUCAAGAGGAGCGUCCAUACUCCUGGGCAGUAUACAUGCUGUUCCACAGUCACUUCACUCAGAUCCUGCACACUGCGUCCAUAUUGCUCACGUUAUCUUUAGCUGUCUGGCGAUAUAUUGCUAUAAAGUACCCUACAUACAGUCCGUCGCUAUGCACGGACCGGAGAUGUACGCUUGCCAUUUUGCUCAGUUUCAUACUGCCGCCCAUACUCUGCAUACCUUCGUAUUUUGUAUUCACAAUACACAAAGACUUUGCAUUCGACAAGAGCGGGAACAUGUUGACUAAAGUAUACUUCGUCGAUUCAAACUACAACGGCAGCCUGUACCAAAUAAACUUUUGGGUGCACGCAGUACUUAUAAAGUUGUUACCAUGCGUCAUUUUAACAGUGAUCAGCGCAUGGCUGAUCAGGGCGCUGUACAGAGCUAAUAGUAGGAAAAAAGCGCUCAAGGGCUAUAGUGCCUGUCCAGCCACAACGGUUGUCAAUGGCAACGGGAAUGUCUUCACCAGAAAGUCCACCAAAAGGUCCAAAGCUGAGAGGAGAACUGAUAGGACAACGAAGAUGCUGGUGGCUGUAUUACUGCUCUUCUUGCUGACAGAGUUUCCUCAAGGAAUAUUAGGUCUACUAAGCGGAGUUCUUGGACGGUGCUUCUUCAAGCAGUGCUACGACCUCUUUGGAGAGUUGAUGGAUGCACUCGCACUCCUCAAUGGAGCUAUAAACUUCGUCCUGUACUGCUCCAUGUCAAGGCAGUUCAGAACAACGUUCGGACAAAUGAUCCGGAAUCGAUGUGCGCCCACACAAAGGGCGAACUCACAUACGGAAUUACAGACUACAUAUGUUUAAGAGUGUGUGAAAAUCAGUGAACCUUUACAGUGUCGUUUAUUCUUUUCAUUCUACAAACAAUAUUUGACUUUAUUGUUUCGUGAUAAAGUCGAUAAUGAAAAUGACAGUUUCGGGUAGUUGUGGCUGUUUGUGCGACGAUUAGUUUCAUUAAGGUGUAUAGAAAGAGAAGAUUUUUAAGGAAAUGUAUAUAACAAGAUAAUUAUAGAUUGAACUUGAAAGUUUUGUAAGUGUUUUGAAGUGUUUGAUAGAUUUAGAGUACAGACUUUCUAAAUAUGUGGAAUUUGAAGUCGUUUUCGGAGUAGACAGAUGGAUUUUAAUCUACGCGAGACACAAGGUGUUUUCUAUUGUGUCUCAUAUAUCAACAGACAAGAGGUUAAAUCAGAAUAGGAGAUAACAGCUGCUCAAGGUCUAUUGGAAGAUGUACUAGGUAAAACCUAUCUAUAAGUAUGAUAGUGUCAGAUCAUAUAGCUUUGGUAAUGUCAUAAGAAAUGCCGUCAGACUUAAAUAGUUAAGAACCUAAAUCUAUGUUAUAUGCAUGAGUAGAGUUAAAAAAUCCUAGUAUUGUUUCAAAUUUGUUGAAUUGUUUAAAACUGUUUCGUCGAACGCUUAAUUAAUUAUUUCCUAAAACUGUUGGGAUACAAAACGUUGGAAAUAAUGAUUAUUUUAUAUGAACAUUUACUGGGAGCCCAAAAGCCGGGCGUGCUUGACGGAAAUUGCAAUUUGUUAUGGGUUAUGAGUGCGGAUAUUGUAUUCUCUCUUCUUUUUUGUACAUAGUAACAAGUGAAAAAUGAAGCUAUAUAGGAACUGAAUAAUAACAUUAUAAACAUUAAAAUUAGACAAAUUAUAUUUCUAGAGAUUUGGUACGCAAUAUGGCGAGUAAACAAAGUAAAAGUAACAAUCUAAAUUAAAGAAUGUAAUUGACAUAAGAAUACGGAAAAUAAAAAUAUAGGUCCGUUUUAGAACAACAACACAUAAUAAAUUAACUAAAAUCACGGGUUACUCAC